GCCUCGCACUCUGCUCAGCUUAAGCGAAGAACAAUGAAUGAAUAUAACGAAAUGGAUCUCAUGAGCUAUCGGUGGCAGGAAGCCAUCCAUUUGAACCGUUUAAAAUUAGUGCGGUUGAACGACUCAAGGUUGCCUAUGUGGACACUUCAGAUGUUGACUCUUUUCUUUGGUCGGAUUCCCAAAAAUGGACCAAAUAUCAAGUGUGAUCAGGGUUUAUUGUGAUUAUUUCGAGUAGCGGAGAUUUUGUUCGUUGCAAACGUCGAUAUUUUGGAGAUUUUUGUGUAGUGGAGUGAAGUGAGCUUGUUGACUUGUGGUGGGGAGUAUUUUAAUAGUGCUUUACUUCAUCAGUUCAAUACUAGGAGGCUUCAUGAACGGGGUGCCAUGGUGAUGGCAUAGCCCAGGACGGGGGGCUCGGUUUGACCGUAGAGUAUGGCCAGAGUGCUGAUGGUCAGAUGGACAUGGGCGGCAAGAGUGCUGGCAAUUGUGGCUGGACUGUGCGCUCUGGCCAUGUGCGAGGUGCAGCAGCAAUGUCCCCCGCGCGGGGACAUCGCCCCCUGCACGUGCACCGUAAAGAAGAACGGCCUGGACAUUCUGUGCGAGUUCACCGACCAGCAGCGCAUCUCGGACGCCAUGGGGGCGCUCAAAGGCAAGCCGCUCGUCAUCUUCUAUCUCAAGCUAAGGCACAACAAUCUCAAGAAACUGCCCGGCUUCGUCUUUCUUGGCCUGGACAUUCGCCAUCUCACCAUACACAACAGCAGCUUGUCCGUUGUCGAGGAGGCUUCGCUCAGCUCGAUAGGUAAAAUGUUAACCCAGCUGGACGUUUCCCAGAACAGUUUGAACCAGGUGCCAUCCCCGGCAUUCAAAAACCUCCACCAUUUGCUGAUCCUCAACAUGAAUCACAACAAAAUUAGCAGCUUACACGCGAAGGCCUUCCAGGGUCUGGAUACUCUGGAGAUCCUCACGUUGUACGAGAACAAAAUCAACAACAUCGAUCCCGAGGCUUUCGUUGGUUUGGAAAAAAAACUGAAGAGGUUGAACUUAGGCGGUAACGGCUUAACAACAGUCCCUCAAAAAUCACUGGCUAUGCUUGAAACUCUCAAGAAAUUAGAAAUGCAAGAAAACAGGAUCAGUGAAAUACAUGAAGGCGAUUUUGAAGGCUUGAGGAAUCUGGAUUCUUUGGGCCUGGCGCACAACAAGCUUCGUACAGUCCCAGCCAAAGUAUUCACCCAUAUAACUCUUUUGAACUCCUUGGAACUGGAAGGAAACAACAUCGAUACCAUCGACCCUGAAGCGUUUGCCGGCUUAGAAGAGAAUCUCCAAUACCUGCGCUUAGGCGACAACAACAUCCAUACCAUCCCUACAGAAGCGCUGAAACGUCUACAUCGUUUGCGCCAUCUGGAUCUUAGAGCGAACAACAUCUCGUACAUUGCUGAAGACGCGUUUGUGGGAUUUGGAGAUUCUAUUACAUUCUUGAAUCUUCAAAAGAACGACAUCCGUACACUGAGUGGGCUGGUGUUCGAGAACUUGAACUCCCUGGAAACUUUGAACUUACAAAACAACAAGCUGAUGCAUGUAUCUGAAGACGUUAUGGAACCAGUUCUUGACACGCUCCGUGUAGUGGAUAUAACAGAUAACCCUCUUCUGUGUGACUGUGAACUGCAAUGGUACAAAAAUUGGCUGCGCAACUUGAAGGACAAGGACGAUGAGAUGAUGCAGAAAAAACGGACGGUGUGCACGAUGUCGAAUGAGCACAGGGAGUAUAGCUUGACCAGCUUGCCUUUGGAGCGGAUGCAAUGCGUUAUCAAGAGUUACGACGAUGGCUCCACAGGUGGUGCAACCACGGCAAUGGCAGUCUCUCUUAACUGUUUAAUAGCUAGUACUACGUGUAUUCUAAUAGCUAGGUAUGUUUAACGUUGUCAGAUUUAGAAGUACUCAGAAAUUUUUAUUAACAUACACGCUAGGUGACAUUUUUUAUUCUUUGACAUGAACUGUAAUAUGGGUGAAUGCGACACUACUAUAAUAAUACACAUCAAAGUCAGAAGCUUAGAAACACAUUAUCAUUAAAUAUUACAUUUUGGAUUACUAUUAAUAUCACCGUUGUUAAAACACGCAGACGAGUUUAUUUCAAACAGAUUAUAGGCCAUAUUUCGUGCUCGAAACGAAUGAUAUUUGUGACGUCAUUAUUAAAUAUCAGACUUAUUCAUCACACACAAAGCUCAUUUAAAAUGAAAAUAACGCUACUAAUUUAUUUUAUCAUUCAGAAAGGCGACACAUCUACUAACGUUUACCAUUUGAGGCUUUAUUCACUUAGAGAAAUUCAAGAAAAGAGUUUGCCAGUUUGGUUGACGACGAAAAAUGUUAGAAAAAUAUCGCGAGAGCUAUGAAACAAGCUAUAGAAUAAUGUUUGGCUCUUAAGCUAAGUAACGAAUCCAUGGUUGUGUAAUUUUUCAAUAUUCAUUUACAUUUCUAAAGAAAGGUUAUCGUUUUCUAAGAGUCAUAAAUUUAGUUUGAGAUUUUCAAGUGAUGUAUUCGCCUGCAAGACAGUUCUACAUUGUCAAAAUAGUGUUAAAAGGUUUAGUGAGAUUUUAUAUUUGACGUUGGAAUUUUCCUGUUUUUGCAAUGUUAUUGUGUAGGGACGUAGAGCAUGUAUCUUAGCUUGUAACGUAGAUAUUCGCGCUUCUUAUAAUGUAUCUCAUAUUUUUGACCAGUCUAGUUAGUAAACGUUUUGAAUGGUCAACAAUGAUGGCAGCCAGAACAUUCGAUAACGUUUGUCCAGUUCACAAAUAAUUACUAAGUUUCCUAAAAUUUUGUAUGGAAUCAGUACGAAAGAGUGAAGUAGUUUUCACAAAAAUCAUCAGCAACAUAGACAAGCAAUUUUCUUCAAAUUUUUGUUAAAGCUCCACUGUUUAUUAUAUAUUCACCAAAAAUCUAUGCACCAAGACCUUUCAACGUUUGCCAUCUUUGCUGACCAAAAUCUUGAAGUUCACCAUUUAGUCAUACUUGCUGAAAAUGAAAAUUCCAAAAUUUUCGAAAGUGAUUGUGUCUCUUACAGCAACUAUCCAAACUGGUGAACUUUAAGGGACAGAUAAGCACUAUAUAGAUCAUUUUGAAAAUUUCCUAGUAAGGUCGGUUUGACGUUUUCUAGCAAUAUACAACCGAAUGGUUCUAAGUUUGAAGUUUUAGCCAAACAUCGAUUCAUGCCUUGAUCAUGAGGAACUUUAAACGUCAUCGGGUUCACCAUAUGUUUAGUAUCUUUGUUGAUUCUGGUAGAAGGGCCAACUUAGAGAAAAUUUUCGAAAUGGAUCGUAUAGGGAUAGAUAAAUUCAGAGCUAACACUAUUUAGAAGCAAUUUUAAAAUAGUAUACCAGAGAUUUAAGAAUCGCACCCGUUUAAGAUUCCAUCUAACGUAUCGUUACUAAAUGUAAAUUCAUCAGAUUAAUCUGUUUUUUCUAAAAAAUAUCUCGAUGUUUGUAUGUUGAUUUUGAAAAUAAUUUAUUUGUAGGAGGUAAAAGUAUUGCGCACCAAACGCAAGAGAGUCUGUAGCUAUAAGGAGAAAAAAUUGGCCUACAUAUCAUAUCACAAAAAUGUGCCGUAAUCCCACAUUGAUAUCGUAGUGAGUUCUAAAAGAUCAUGGGGAGUUGAAUGAUUUCUCGAAGACAGCUUUACCAUGUAUAUUGCAAAUAUACAGUAAAUGGAAAGUUCAGCUCCGCCAUGAGUUACUUUAUAGUUCUAUUGCAUGCUAUAUAGAGUAAGUUUCAAACAUUUAUUAGAAAGUAAGUAGAGUUAAGUGAUCAUAAAAUGUAAGUUCUUCAUACUUUAGAACAGUAAAGGUAUGAGGCGUCUGGAGUUUUAAAGAAGUGAUUGGAACCUUGAAGAUUUUAAGGCCCGAUCUUACAUACGAACACAGUACGAUUUACCUUCCAACACCUUCUGACAGACUUUUAAUUUCGAUGUGUAAACUAUUUUUACUGAAACUCCUUCAACUUUUCAAAUCCCGACAUUUGCAAUGAAACACUAUUAUCGCUCACAAUCGAGUAGCUUAGCUUAGCUUUCUGAUGCUUAAUUGGAUUUACAUAAUGAAGUUACUAAUAAUUUCAUUACUUUUCCUCGGGACAGGUAAUAUAGGUUACAUUGAGAAAUCUUUGCUAAAGUGACUUCAGCCAGUUGAAUGGAGAUCAGUUAUAUCUCAUGGUCUUUGUCGAAACGUAUAUGAUAUAAAGGAGAAUAUUUUGUUUUGAAGAAUGCAACCAUUUAAAAGAACAGCUAAAUGUAUGGAGUGGUGUAAUUUAUCAAAAACUUGUGACCAACAACUGUCAAGCUAUGGUACGCACCACUGCACUUGCUUAGAAAAUUUGCCACUUGUUAUCACAAUUUACUUGUAGAUUACAUCCCUCAUAUUAUAAAGGUGCUGCGAGUCUAGAAACAUUGUGAACCAGAGAAUAUAUUUCCAAUAAAAUACCCAAACUAUAUCUUUUCUCUCACACAGCUGCAAAGCAAUACCGGGUAAAUCAUCAACAUCUUAAGAAAUUGCUUUACAAGUCAUCAAAAUAUGCAACUAACAACUGCCAAGUUACGGUACGCACCACUGCACGUGCUUACUGAAUUUUCCACUUGUUGUUGUAUUUGACCAGUAGAUUACCCCUACCAGAUUGAACAAUGAUAGACAACAAGCAGUGCUGUGAACCAAAAAUCGUAAAUGCAUUCUGAACCUACAGCCAAACCAUAAGUUCAUUACUCACGGCGAACAUUUUUUGCAAUAAACAGCAUCUUAAAAAAUGAUUUAAAAAGAUUGUCGAAAAUCAGAUUCAACUUUUGUCCUUGGUAAAAUCGGGCAAAAUUGUGUGGCCAUAAACAUUUCAACUAAGGUAACAGCACUAAGGCGUUGAAAAAUACCUUACUUGUUCUAAACUACGAAUCAACUAUUCUAACUCAUGUAUACACAAAAAGAUAAUCGUGUGAAUAUUUGAAACCGUGAGCUUCAAUUACCAGUCAUAUCAUAUAUUUAAGAAGUUUAUUGAUUUAGAGAAGGAAUAUACACCUCAAAUUUAGACUUUGGGUGGAUUUUCAUGUAGCUUUCAACAGACAGUAGGUUCAACUUUGUGAUAAUACAUUUAGCUCUGAAGUUCAGAUUUGUCCACACAUGAAGAUCUAACAUUUGUAGCAAGUUAGACGCGUUGAAAAGGAAUUUCCAAAUAUAAUAAAAAUUAACGUAUUACAAUAUCUGAUUUUAGCUAAUCUGGUACUGACUGUUAAAAGCUCCAAGAAAAACUCCUGAAAAGUCAUCAGUGCACAAACUAUGUGUGGAAGUGAACAAUUUGAAAUCACUUCUUACACAUUUGCCUUUAAGUUUUUCUAUAGAGAGGCAUAACCAAUUUGAGGAUGAUCACGUAUUGUAUCUUUAACAAGAGAUUGGACAAAUUGUAUUCCCGUAAGUCAAAAAUAAUGAAAUGUCGGAAUUACAUUACGUAUCUAAAAAUUCGCUCUCUCAGAAAAAUCCAUCUUAAAAAUGAAACAUAAGAAUAGGUGAAAAAUUGGACAAUCUUGUUUUACAAACUGGUUGUUUUCUCCAUUUUUUAGUGGUUAAAAAGAUAAUUCCAAAUUCUCGUAACCUGUUGAUUUAUUUCUUGCUACAACUUCAUAUUUCUCACAAUCACAAUCAAGAGAUUUAAAUCCAAGAGCUACUUCAGAUUGUCAGCGCUCAAAUUACUUAUUACAAUUUCGGAUCUACUAUAAUGACUAUACUAACGAUUUUAAGAGCUCCUUAACCAUAAAGGUUCAAGUUUAACAGAAAGACCCCAACAGUGUUAUUCUAGCCACAGAGCUGCAAGUUUAACAACCAGACAUCGGCUUACUUUGACCACAAAGCUCCAAGCUUGACAGCCAGAUAUUAACAUGUUGUUUCCUACUCUGAUCAGAGACAUCAUAAUUGCCUUACUAGAUAACAACGUUACAAUAACGCACAUAAUGGUUAUGUCACCCUGUACGAAAAAUCUUAUCGAUGAGCAAUAUUAUCUUCUUGGACUGUAGUAAUGUAAACAUAAACAUAUCAAGUAAAUUGAAACUAUCCUUGUCUGCGAUACGCAAAUACAUAUCUCGAUAUUUUGUAAUAUUUGUUAGUAGCUGUUUACUAGAGGUAAGCAAGAAAUUUUGAAACGCGGGCGAAGUGAUACAUUUAUAGAUACUUGGAUGAGUAUUUUUGUGUAACAUAUCUUGGCGCAAGCCAGACCAUUUCGAGACAUAUCCGGCCAAGGCGCGCCAUAUUUCGCAUCGCUAUGCAACAACAAAAUCGGAAUAUUUUUAUAAAUAUAUCUUUCUAUGUCAGGUCGUUAUCACAUAGAGACGCGAAAUGCGCGACAAUGGCCACAUCCCAUUUUUUACAACCUUUACUGUGUUAUAUGAUGUAUCUAUGUACCUAAAUGUAUAACUAAGUAUUGUAUUAUGCACUAUCGACAGUAUAUAUUCUUUAUAUUGAAUAUAUAUCACCGUUGUGUGUACUAUAUUUUAUGUUUCCAAAUGUAAUAUUAUCUAUUAUAUAAAUGUCGACAUCAAUAAAACAGGUAAGCUGAAGCUUUGUGUUUCAGUGUUAUAACCCAG